AAGUUUAAAGGACAAAUUUGUUUGCCAGUGUCAUAGGACAUUUACUAUUGACUGUAACAAAAGUCUUGACACUCUUUAUUGUUUUUAUCUCCUUUUACUGAUACGAGCUUCAUCUGUUUGUAUGCUCAGGGUGACUUAAAUACUGUGGAUUUUGUAUUAAUCUAUCGGCCAUUUAGGAGUAGCGACGAUCCUGGUUUCUCCACUUCUUCGUCUGUAAUGUCCCAUCACGCGUGCCAUUUCAGUACUGCUAGCACGGGUCCCAUUUCAUGGCUAGUGGAUGGACCUCAAACCAUGCAUCAUGACUUCUCUGCAUCAUUCUGUGAAAUAAAUAUGAAGAUGCAUAUUCACAAUUCAUCUGGUGCCACUACUUUUGUACGCAUUGACACCUUAGAUUCAGCGGGUAAUAGUGGACAGAUAAACAAUGUAAAUGUGGUUCAAUCUGCAACUACCGAUAACCAAGCAGGAUGGCACGAUAUCGCCCCAGUGAAUGAACUCAAAGUCGCCUCAAAUGCUCUUGAAACCCAACCAGGAAAAGCACUAUCAUUGGAAAGUGCCUCCUCAUAUAUUUGGUCUGGAUCAAGCUCAACCCAUCUCAACAUUGAGGCUAUGUCCUCGGUAGAAAUUCCUCUUCAGAUCUGUGUAUUCUCUCCUGGAACAUAUGACCUGUCAAAUUACGUUUUGAAUUGGAAACUUCCAUCCAAUGGACAGGGAGAUAGUGAUGAAAAGAGGCAGCAUUCAGGCCAGUGCCAGGGGUAUAAAUACUAUCUUACCGUGCUCCAGUCCAUUUGAGAAGUUUGUAAAUGUUUUUGCUGUAUGUUUAUCUCAUGCUAGAAUCUAGAUGAGUUGUAGCCGGGGCUGUACAUAUAUUAUAUACAUUUCCAUGUAUUGUUAAAAUGUCUUUAGGCACUAGGAGCAGUGUAAAAGUUUGGUGGAUAAAGUGGUGAAAUCAACUUUUUUAUCCGAACAAAUAAGGACGGUGGCAACCUACAAUUCAUCGAUCAGGUUGGCUGGCGUAUUUGUACUGGCCAAGUUUGAGAAAAAAAGAAAGUGUUUUUACGAAGCCUUAACAAUUUUUUGCAUGCCCCGCGGUUAAGUAUGGAUGGAUAGAAUUGCAGAGUGGACACAGUUUUAAGUCCCUUAUCCCUGUAGGGGGGUAACCCGUCACCAGCUCAAGAAUUGGUUACACUUGCAUUGCACCAAAUGUUUUCAGCGUACUAAAUGGAAGUUAAGGGCAAUUAUUCUUUCUCAUUUUUCUACAUAUCAUCCAAGCAGCUCAGAUUGCUUAGUUUGAGUCUUGCAAAGUUGUAAGACUGGAAGCCUUUACUAAACUGUAACAAAAUUAUUCCAAUAUUUAGAGGAUAUGGCAUUUUAUUUUUA